AGUGUUCUGCACCAUACACCUGCAGAGUUCUUGGAUAUUCAAUUGUGCCUUGUUUUAGAGAGAGAUAACUUGAUAGAGAGAGAGAGAGCUUCUGAAGAUCUGGUCUUGAAUUUCAGGGUUUUGUUACUCUCUAAUCACAAAUGGGCCUCUCUCUUUCCAUUCUCUUUUCGGCGUGGAAAGAGAUACUGAGACACAAGUUUUUCGGUUCACUGGACACCAUCAAAACGGUCCUAGUGUGGUCUAUGAGCUUUGAAAGAGAAGAUGGAGAAUUGAGCUUGAGAACAGUUGGAUUCAAGAGAGAUGAUCUCCAAACCAUUGACAAGGCUGAUGGGUCUGAUAAAAGACCGCAGUCUUUAAAACCAAAGCUCAAAAGCCCUGUUUUAUUCAAGGAUUUGGUUAUUGACAAAGAGAAUAUGAAUUUCAUGACUUCGAAGGACAAUGAUCAAGUCCGAGUCCAUAAUUCAAAGCCCACAAUUCCACGUCCUGAACCUUUCGUAUUUUUUUCUCCAAGACCCGUUCACGAGCUUGAUGCUGCUGCAACGACGGUUCAGAAAGUCUACAAGAGUUACAGGACUAGAAGGAACCUAGCUGAUUGUGCAGUUGUGGUUGAAGAGCUAUGGUGGAAGGCCUUAGAUUUUGCAGCUCUACAACGGAACUCGGUGUCAUUCUUCAACAUUGCGAAAUCAGAAACUGCUCACUCACGGUGGGAACGUGCGAGGACAAGGGUUGCCAAGAUUGGGAAGGGUUUAUCCAAGGAUGAGAAUGCUCAAAAACUAGCUCUACAACAUUGGCUUGAAGCUAUUGAUCCGCGUCAUCGAUAUGGACACAAUUUACAUUUUUACUAUGAUGUAUGGUCGAAGAGCAAGAGCACUCAACCUUUCUUUUAUUGGUUGGAUGUCGGUGAUGGUAAAGAGAUAAAUCUUGAAAGUUGCCUAAGAAAUGUUCUACAACGUCAAUGCAUCACAUAUCUUGGACCUAAAGAAAGGGAUGCAUAUGAAGUGAUUGUGGACGACGGAAAGCUUACAUACAAGCAAAAUGGGAUUCUCCUAAAUACAAUUGAAGGUUCUAAGUGGAUUUUUGUCCUCAGCACAUCGAGGAAUUUGUAUGUGGGACAGAAAAAGAAAGGUGUUUUUCAACACUCUAGUUUUCUAUCCGGAGGUGCUACAACAGCAGCUGGUAGAUUGGUUGCCCAUGAUGGGAUUCUUGAGGCAAUAUGGCCAUAUAGCGGUCACUAUCUCCCAACCGAAGACAAUUUCAAGGAAUUCAUUAGCUUCCUCGAGGAAUAUCAUGUCGACUUGACUAAUGUUAAGAGACGUGCAAUAGAUGAUGAUAGCACCUCAUUUAAAGUUAUUGAUGAGGACUCCAAGACAGAGACAGUGGAUGAUCUGUCCACAGCUAAAAUAUCAACAGAUAUAGAUGCUGCCAAUGUCAAUGGGUCCAUGAAUGAUAAAUUUGACACAACUUCUCCUGAAGAAGAUGGUAUGGGCACCAAAGCAACCAAUGUAGAAGCACCCGUGUUUGACUUGUCCAAGCGCUUAUCUUGCAAGUGGACCAGUGGCGUAGGUCCGCGUAUUGGGUGCGUUAGGGACUACCCAAUGGAGUUGCAAACGCAGGCACUUGAACAGGUCAACCUGUCACCCAAGCUCACACCUGGUCACUCAAGGUAUUUCCUUCCGAUUCCCUCGCCACGACCAAGUCCGAAGAUCCUGGUUUCGCCUAGACUUUCAUAUAUGGGACUCCCUAGCCCAAGGCCUAUGGUUUCAGCUGCUAAUUAGGGUUCAAAUUUCCUUCAGAGGUUGAAUGACAUACUAAGAUUUGAUUCUGCUGAGUUUAAGAGGUUCUGAGAUCUUUGACAAGCAGAAGGGCACUUCUUGUGCCUCCUUUAGUUAGUUUUUAUAAUAAGAGCUUUUAGCAGGUGUUGGGGAUGUGAAUGUACUUUCUCAACAUUUUUCAUUCUUUGAUUCUUUGUUGUAUGUGCAGUGAGUCUUUCUUCUUUGUAAGCUCUAAAUAUAAUGUUUUCUAAAUAAUUGAAGGAAUUUCUGGUUGAUGCAAA